AUGGUAACAGUAUUUGAAGCAGUUCCAACAGUCUUCAGAAAAGAUAAGAAACCCACCUUUGAAGAUAGUAGUUGCAGCCUUUAUAGAUUCACGACGAUACCCCACCAAGACAGCCAAUUAGGCAAAGAAAACAAGUUGUAUUCACCUUCUUGGUAUGCAGAUACAUUAUGUGAGUCAUCUGAUAUCAAAUCGGCAAGUUUAGAGGACCUGUGGGAAAAUCUGAGUUUAAAGCCAGCUAACUCUCCUCGCAUAAAUAUCUCCGCAACCUUGUCUCCACAAGAUAAUGAAGUAUGGCAAGAAGAAACAAUUGGGCGUUUACUUCAACUUAUAGAUCUUCCACUUCUUGACUCCUUACUCAAACAGCAAGUGCUUGUACCCAAAAUUCCUCUACCUAAGAGGCAGCCUGACUUGGUCAACAGUAAUUAUUUGGAUCGAGGGAUUCUCAAGGCUUACGGUGACUCUCAGGAAGAUGAGUGGCUCUCUGCAGCAAUUGACUGCUUGGAAUACCUUCCAGACCAGGUGGUGGUGGACAUAAGCAGAAAUUUUCCUGAGCAACCAGAUAGAAUAGACCUAGUGAAAGAACUUCUGUUUGAUGCCAUUGGCAAAUAUUACAGCAGCAGAGAACCUCUGUUAAAUCACUUAUCUGAUGUGCAUAAUGGAAUUGCAGAACUCUUAGUGAAUGGGAAGACUGAAAUAGCAUUAGAAGCUACUCAGCUCUUUCUGAAGCUUUUGGAUUCCCAAAAUAGAGAAGAAUUUAGAAGACUACUAUAUUUCAUGGCUGUUGCAGCACAUCCUUCAGAAUUUAAACUGCAGAAAGAAAGUGACAACCGAAUGGCUGUGAAAAGAAUAUUCUCAAAAGCGAUUGUGGACAAUAAAAAUUUAUCCAAAGGCAAAACUGAUCUGCUGUUACUCUUUUUAAUGGAUCAUCAAAAGGAUGUCUUUAAGAUUCCUGGGACUCUACAUAAAAUUGUCAGUGUUAAGCUGAUGGCCAUUCAGAGGGGAAAAGAGCCAAAUAGAGACACAGGAUAUAUUUAUUGCCAGAGAAUUGAUCAAGGUGACUAUUCUGACCAUACACAGAAGACAACCAAAGAUGAACUGUUGAAUUUACUAAAAACUAUUGAUGAGGAUUCAAAACUGUCUGCCAAAGAGAAGAAAAAAAUGCUGAGGCAGUUCUAUAAGUGUCACCCAGAUAUCUUUAUUGAAUACUUUGGAGACUGAUUACUAAUGUCUGUAUAUGAUUUGUAUAUUUUAAAAAUUAUGUGUUCUAAAGAUCCAAUCAUAUUUGUAAGUUUGGAAGUUCUUCUA